GGAAUCUUGGUUCUUCUCUUUCUGUUGCAUCAUCUUUGCAUAUGGCUUCCAUCCUCAAGAGUGACCUCAUCGCUGGACACUGUGGAGCCAAGGGGAACCCCCUGACUCAAAGGUCAUCAGUGUCAUCCCUUUUGAGGUCAUGACCUAAGAGACCAAGGCCCAGAAGAGGCGGAGUCUCAAGUCAAGAGUGGUGACAAUGGGUCUGGUCCAGCCACCAGUCAGGCAGCAACACAGGACCCUGGGGUAAUGAGGACCCCACCCUGCCCACAGCUAGAGCCUACCUGUACUAGACUCAGCACUGUUCAGAGCUGACUGGAAGAUGGCGCUAACCCAGGGGAUGCUACAGGUGACCCUGCUGGCUCUGUGUUGGAGGACCAGCCUGGCAGAGGAAGGAGAAACUGUUCCAAUGCAGACCCUGAAUUGCUACAACGACUACACCAGCCACAUCGUCUGCAGCUGGGCAGACACCGAGGACGCCCUGCAGCUCAUAAAUGUGACCCUGCAUCGGCGAUUAAAUGAGAGCCCUCCAGAGCCAGUGUCCUGUGACCUCAGUGAGGACUUGUCCUGGUCAAAAUGCCCAUCUUCCAGCUGUGUGCCCAGAAGAUGUGUCAUUCCCUACCAGGGUUUUGUUCUUGCCGACAAUGACUACUUCUCAUUCCAGCCAGACCGGCCUCUGGGAGACCAGCUCACAGUUACACUGACCCAGCAUGUCCAGCCACCGCCACCCAAGGACGUCCACAUCAGCACCACUGGGGCCCACUUCCUGCUGACCUGGAGCGUGCCUCUUAGGGAUGUCCAGAGGCCCUGGCUGUCGCAGGGGGACCUGGAGUUUGAGGUGGUCUACAGGAGGCUUCAGGACUCCUGGGAGGACGGCACCACCCUGCAGUGCACGUCCUCCCACGUGGUCCUGGAGCCAGAGCUCCUGAUGCCCAGCACCUCCUAUGUGGCCCGAGUGCGGACCAAGCUGACCCCAGGCUCAGGCCUGUCAGGAAGGCCCAGCAGAUGGAGCCCUGAGGUGCACUGGGACUCCCAGCCAGGGGACAAGGCCCAGCCCCAGAAUCUGCAGUGCUUCUUUGACGGGGUCCACACGCUCAGCUGCUCCUGGGAGGUACGGUCCCAGGUGACCAGCUCCAUCUCUUUCAGCCUCUUCUACAGGUCCAGCUCAAGUGCACGGGAGGAAGAAUGUUCUCAGGUGCAGAAGGAGGAGCUGGAUGGCCUCUACACCAGGCAGCGCUGCAGGAUUUCUGUGCCGGACCCUGGGGCUCACGGCCAGUACACCGUCUCUGUUCGGCCACGGAGGGAAGAGAAAUUCAUAAAGAGCUCAGACCACAUCCAGAUGGGCCGCCCCACCAUCAGUGUGACCAAGGAUGGAGACAGCUACAGCCUGCGCUGGGAAGCAGAGAAAAUGUUCUACACACACAUUGAUCAUGCCUUCGAGGUCCAGUACAGGAAAGAGACCACCAAAUGGGAGGACAGCAAGAGCGAGACCCUACAGCACGCCCACAGCAUGCCCCUGCCAGUGCUGGAGCCGGACACCAAGUACUGUGCCAGGGUGAGGGUCAAGCCCAGCCCUGGACCCUACCGUGGGAUCUGGAGCGAAUGGAGCGGGGAGCACUGCUGGACCACUGAGUGGGCUCUGCCCAUGUGGGUGCUGGCGCUGGUCCUGGCCUGUGUCACCCUUGCCUUGCUUGUGGCCCUCCGCUUCGGUGGCAUCUACGGAUACAGGCUGAACAGAAAGUGGAAGGAGAAGAUCCCCAACCCAGGCAAGAGCCUCCUGUUCCAGAACGGAAGUGCAAGACUGAGGCUCCCAGACAGCACAUCAGCCUUUGCCAGCAGGAUCCCCACUCCGCAGGGGCCCUGGCGCAGCCUCUGUCCUGAGCUGGAGGGGGUGUUCUCUGUAGAUUUGGGAGACAGUGAGGUGUCACCUCUCACCACAGAGGAUCCUAAAGGUGUCUGUGACCCACCGUCUGAUCCUGACACAACCCCAGCUGCCCAUGGCCUGCCCACAAAACAGCCACCCACCCCCUCAACCACCCUGCCAGCCCCUGAAGACAGGCCUGAGGGCCAGGUCUCCAGCUUUGACUUCAAUGGACCCUACCUAGGGCCACCUCACAGCCGCUCCCUGCCUGACAUUAGGGGCCAGAAGGUGUCCCCACAGGCAGGUGGGACCCCAAAGCCAUCCCUGCCAGGCUCCUUGGAGUACCUAUGUCUACCGCCUUGGGGACAAGUACAGCUGGUCCCAUUGGCCCAGGUGAUGGGGCAGGGCCAGGACAAGGACAGGGAGUGUCAGCCCAGUCCAGUGGCUGAGGGGAACCCAUCCCUAGAGGCUGGGGGAAGCCCUGCCUCUCUUGCACCUGGACUGAGUGUGAGUGGACAGGACCCAAAGGAAAGCCUGGUGGCUCUACCCAUGAGCUCUGGGGCCCCUAAGGAGUCCAUGAUGGCUUCUGAUUAUGUCACUACUGCUGACAUGUCACUCACCCUGCCCACAGGGUCCCCAUCUGUCUCUCUGACUUCUCCUCUGGACCUCCCCUUAGACCAGAAUCCCAGCCUCUGUCCUAGACUGCUGAGUGAGCCCCCUGGGACCCCAGCCCUAGGAAAGCCAGAGUUUGAGGGCUAUGUGGACCUCCCUCCAACCAUGGGGCAGUCCCCCAAGUCCCCUGUGGGCAGUCCUGCCCCUCCUGCACCCAUCAGCCCUGGGCUGAGCCCAGGGGAGCCCCGGGAGGAUGUGACUCCUGUGUCCCCACACCCUGAGGGGCUCCUUGUGCUGCAGCAGGUGGGGGACUAUUGUUUCCUCCCUGGCCUGGGACCUCUCUCACCCCGGAACAAGCCCUCCUCCCCUGGUCCAUGUCCUGACAUCGGAAACCUAGACCAGGUUUUUCCUGUCAAGAAGCCCCCCUGCCAGCCUACACCUCAGGUACCAGCCAUUCAGUUCUUCAAGUCCCUGAAGCAGCAGGACUACCUGGCCCUGCCCCCUUGGGAUAUCAGCAGGCCUGGGAAGGUGUGCUGAGGCUUCAGCCCUGCUCCAUCCUAGACUUCUCUAUAGAGCCUGAGAGGCUUCCAUGCUGAGAUCCAGGGUCCCCUUGACCUCGUCAGUACAUCCCUCUCCAUCCUCUCUCUGUCUUCUUUUUCUCCUCUUCCUCCUCCCCCCUCCUCCCUCUCUGUGUCUUCUUUUUC